GGAUCGAGAGUGGGAGACAGGAGAGGGGAGGAGUCACCAAUCAAUGCUAAUAAAUAAAAGGCCCCUCUUCUUCAGUCCAGGGUACAGGACGCUGGGAGAACUGCCCCCUCAGACAAGAGCUGCCGGCUGACAGGGAAGCGACUGCUCAGCGGCCCAGGAUCUCCGGCUGCCUCAGUGGGAAGAAAGUGAGAGACACAGCGUGAGAGGUUCCUCUCUGCACUCGCACAAUGCGCACUCUCAUUGUCCUUACACUCCUGGCUUUCCUGGUGAUGGCUGCUACUUGCUAUGAGUCCCAUGAGAGUGUGGAAUCCCACGAGUAUCUCUAUCCCUUCCUCAACAGGCAAAGGGCCAACGACUUCAUGCAACCUGGUAUGAGACUACAAGCCAUCUCUCAGGAGAGGAUCAGGGAACGUACCAAGACCCCCUGGGAACGUCAGAGGGAGAUCUGUGAGAACUAUCCAGGCUGUGACCCACGCGCUAACUAUGGCUAUGCUUCUGCUUACAGGCAGUAUUUUGGGAGGAGGAGGACUAAGUAAAGGAAGACUUGUCUCCACCCUGGGGCCUGGAGCCCUAGGUAUCCUCCCAGAAAAAGCAAUGGCUCUGAGAUAUAUUCAGUUGCUUGUUUCCCUGUAUGUUAACCUGCCUGCUGCUUCACUUACAUGUAGCCAUGGAUUCUUGCAUUCUCUAUUGAUUAGUGCUGAGCUGACGUAGCAGAGAUCAGAGCGAGUUCAGGAUGUGGGUGUUUGCUGCACAAUAAAUUGCUGGUUUGAUACUA